GCUAUGACUGGCUUCAGACUCCCUAUCACUACUUUUAGAAAACUAAAUGUCUGGUUUGGACUGUGGGAGAAAUUCCCCUCUAAUAAACUGUGUCUCUCUUGGAGGAGAAGUGUAUUCUGUAGCUGUCAAGCAAGCACAGUGAACUACAGAAGAUGUUUCAGCUUUUCCCCAGUAAAACUCUGUGCACUAAGACUUUCUCCAGAGUGUAUCUCAGUACUUUCUCUGCGGAACAAAAGUAACAAAAGCUCUAAAAGGAGCAGACAAACCGUACAACAAGAAGAGGAAGAAGAGGAUGAAGAUGAAGAGGAAAGCGAUUUGGAAGAUGAAUUUGAAAAUGACCCCAACGUAGUAAAAGAUUAUAAGGAUCUUGAAAAAGUUGUGCAGUCUCUUCGAUAUGAUGUGAUCAUGAAAGCUGGUCUAGACAUUGCAAGAAAUAAAGUAGAAGAUGCAUUCUACAAUAAUGAACUCAGGCUGAAUGGAGAAAAACUAUGGAAGAAAAGUAGAACUGUGAAAGUCGGUGACACGCUGGAUCUCAUAGUAGGUGAAGAUAAAGAAACAGGAACUGCUGUAGUUAUGCGGGUAGUCUUAAGAAAAGUAUCUAACAAAACUGAAACUGAAAAAUACAAAGUAAUUUUGAGGCGUUGGAAAAACUUAAAAGUACCCAAACAGGAUGUACUUAAGUAACAGGGGGUUCAUGUGGCAGCAUAAGAUUUUUGCAGAAAACCAUAUUUGUUGUUAAAUAUGAAUUUUGGUUAAACAAAAUUACAGUACCCUUUUUUAAGGGCUCAUGUCAGAAUGUUAUCUCCCUCUGCUGUGUACAUCAAUAUUCAUACAAUAAGCCUGUCACUUUUUGCUGUUAGUUUUGUUUCAUGGUACUGUAGGAUAAAAGAUCCAACCCUUACAUUGCCAGGCAGUUCCCUUACAGAUGUUAUAAAUAAUGAACCAAUAAAGACUAAUUUGAUCACU